AUGGUAGCCCCAGACCCCUCCACCGCAGUCGAGCCACUGCCGCCAGCGCUCAACAGUCGUCCCGGUCCUGCGUGUGGAAGUGGGGAACGGGGCUUCCAAGAACUCAUCAAUGGCAAGUACAAAUCUUUUUACGGUAAUCAUUUUCAUCAGCACUGCGCUUCCAGCCCGCUAGAACAUGACCCUCGGCCACCAGUCUCCAACACACGGCGUUCUACGGUCGACUCGCUGACAACUCCGGGACGCAACGACUCUAGCAUUGUGGAAUCCUCCGAACCCCCCACCGCAGUCGUGCCACUGCCGCCAGCGCUCAACAGUCGUCCCGGUCUUGCGUGUGGUAGCGGGGAACGGGGCUUCCAAAAUGUUAGUCACGUUUCUACCCUUCACAAACAUCUCAGCGUUCCGGUGACAUGCAAGAUCCGUAUAUUUGAAGAUUUGGCUAAAACCAUUCGCUACGCUAAAAUGCUGCAAGAUGCAGGCUGCCAAAUGCUAACCGUUCACGGAAGAACUCGCGAACAGAAGGGACCACUAACCGGGGUGGCCGAUUGGCGAUAUGUCAAAACUCUGAGAGGGAUUUUAAAAAUACCGAUUCUUUCCAACGGAAACAUCAUGUCAGUAGACGACAUUCAUCGCUGUUUGGAAGAAACGGGUGCCAAUGGAGUUAUGACUGCCGAGGGAAAUUUGUUUAAUCCAUUUCUGUUCGAAGGAUUCAACCCUCCUGCUUGGACCGUAGCGUACGAAUAUCUGGACAUUGUGGAAAAAUAUCCAGCCCCCAUCUCCUACGUUCGAGGGCAUCUGUUUAAAAUCUUUCACCAUCUAAUGAACCUUACACCAAACGCUGCAUUACGAGAGCAAAUGGCAACCUGUCGCAACGUAUCAGAGUUUCGAGCCAUUGUCGGUCUGCUGGAGGAAAAGUAUCUUCCUUUCCACGAAGGUCGACAGGUGUGGACCAAUGAAGAGUCUAGUUUACCUGUGUUAGAAUCCGAAAGCGAAGCUGCAGCGAAUCAUCUUAGCUUUAAUCUUGCCUUACCACCUUGGCUGUGUCAGCCGUACAUCCGUGCACCGCCGGAGGUGCACCGCCAGAAACUAGAGGAAGCCAGUCGGCUGGCGGCCAAUCCCGAUCGUGAAAAGCGACAAUUCUACGACCAGGAAGGAAAUGAAAUUUCGCGCAAAAAGAUGAAAAAGAUGCGCCGCGUACAGCGUCGUCCAAACCGGGCGGGUUUGCUUCCGGGUGAUCCGGAAAGAGACCCCGGGCGAAGGUUUGAUGAAAUUUGUAAGAAUGCAAAAACCGACUGCACCAAUCCGAUGGGCUUAAAGUGUGCGUCUCGUUUAUGCCGCAUUUGCUGUCGAAACCGAUGCUUUCACGAGAACCUUGACUGCGUGGGACAUAAAAUUUUCAUUAAGUCCCGUCGUGAAAAGGCGAAAACAUUAACUGAAGCGGAAAUGCAGCAAGCAAAGGGUAAUAACAACAACGAUCAGCAGCAGCCCAGCGACGGCGAAAUGACGCUCGACAGCUGAUGGUGGUUAUGCUACAGAAAGCGGAAAAGUUUUCAAAUUUUGCACGUUAAUUAGCGAAUAAACGUUUGAUUACCAGUG